AAAUGGGUUAGUCCUUUUAUCAGAGGUACAUCAGUUAUCCCCCAGUUGGGAAGAAUACUGAAAUUUUUUUCGGCUUACAACACAGAAAAGCUCCUUUUACAUGAAAAGAAUCAGAAAUGUCCGAACUGGAUUGGAUUUGAAUCUUCACUUUCCGAUCUCAGAUAACAAAACCCAUCACUUUUCUAUUACAACAUACAAACAGACAAAACUCAACCUUUUUUCAUAAUCAAUCACACAUCUCAUCUCAUCAUCAUUUUUUUUCAUUUAAUUUCCAACACUGAACAUAAUAAGAAUCAGAACCAACAAAAUCUAAAGAAACCCAGUAACAGAUAAUUAAUGCAGUAACAUCAAUCUUUAAUGCUUAUUACAGUGUUUUUAAUAAAGUAGUAGUAACUAGAAAUGAGUAAUCGCUGUCUGUUUGAAAUAUGUUUCUUGUUCUGGUAAUGGCUAUGGAGCUACAUUAUGGGUAUCUGGUUCAGUAGCUGUUGCCUGUGUUUGUUGGCCGAGCCUUGUCUGUUUCAACUCCAUUAAUUUGAAUUUAAUCAGCGGAGACUUUGUUGCCUAAUUUAGCUAACAAAAUCGAAAACUUUUGGCUUUUUACAGACACAGAAAAAGACUGGUGGGUGGCCAAGACUCUGUCGGCUCUGCUACAGUAUCAUCAUCAUCAUCAAACAGCAGCUGGGUGUGGCUAAGCUAAGCUAAGCUAAACUAAACUAAACCCACAAUAAAAAACAUUGAAAGCUACCAUCUUUUUUCUUUAAAUUGCUCCAGUUCAUACAUAAUCCUGUUCUUGAAUGUUGGGCCAUUUGUAUCAGCAGCCGCUCGUGUUGGUCGCUCGUGCGCUUAUAUUUGCUUCUUUUUCAUCAUAAAUUAGCCCAAUUAGACCACAUCUCGAGGACCCUUUUACACCAUUGCUGACUUGACAUUGGUGACAUUCAUUUAUUGGCUCAAAUCUGUAUCUACCUUUCCUUUCUCCGCCAUUUUCUCUUCUCUACCUAUAAGUUUUCAACUGGGUUCAAUGCAUACAGUAGUUGGUUAAAACUUAAAAAAAAUAGUGAAUUUGAGUCAUUGAAACCGUUUACAUAAGCCAUAAUCAAAGGAGGGUCGGUCAUAGUUUUUGGUUUAUUGUAUUGCAUUGUCUUUGCUUUGCAUGGAAACCAAGGUACUACACAACCUUUAGUUUACUUCAUUUUGAUUAUGAUAUUGUUAAUUUCCGAGUUUUAGGUUUGUUUAUUAUAAUAUUAUCGUCUGUUUUUGGGGUCUAUUUUAUUAAUUUGGUGGGCGUGUCAAGUUUGGAGUUGGUUCCUAGUACCUGCCUGCCCUUUUUAAAUUGUUUAUUCACCAAGUUUUGUAGCUUUCAAUAGUUUAUUCAUAGUAUAAGAGAGCAAAACUCGGUCCAUGAAUUGUGCCAUUUGGUGGGUUUAUAUACGAAGAGGCUUAGUUAAUUGACUAUAGAACAAGAGUUUAGUUUAGUUGAAUGGUAUUUGAUAUGGAAUAUUUGUCUUAAUUGCCUCAAGACAUGCUGAAUAUUGAUGGAGAGGAUGAUUUGUUCUUUGAUUCUCUCGAUUCCUUGUCAUUUCAAGAGUCUGUUGUGACCAAGGAGUAUGAAAUUUGGUUGAAUGAGCCUAAAAGUGUUGAAGAGAGACGUCAACAUUUUUUAUGUGAAAUGGGAAUGAAAAAGUUGGCUUAUGAGAGUGAUCAUGAGAUUGUUAAUGUCGAAAGAGUCGGUGAGUUCAGUGGGGCGGUAUUGAGUUGUUCGGGUUUGAGUUCGUAUGGAGAAGAAGAGGGGAAUGUGGAUUGUUGUGGCAGGGAAUCAACUUCUGAAGCUAUUUCUAUGGUUGAUGAGAUGGAGCAAGAUCAGUUUGGAUCUUUUAGGUCUGCAUUAGAAUGUGAGAAUAGUGAGCCAGAGGAUUGCAGAAGUUGUGAAGCUGGAAAGCGGAAUAUGAAGAGUUGGUGGAGAUCUUUUGUACAGAAAAGAAAUAAAAGUGAAUGUACAUGUGUAUCUAAGGUAACAAAGGUGGAUUCUGAUACACCGAAAACGAAUAACAUGAAAGUGAAACAGAACAAGAAGAAGUGCAUGGAGUUGUCAGGUGUUUAUAUGGGGCAAAAUCUUCAAGCUCACAAAGGGUAUAUUUGGACUAUGAAGUUUAGUCCAGAUGGUCAAUACUUGGCAACUGGCGGGGAAGAUGGAAUUGUACGCAUUUGGCGUGUUACGCCAACGAAUGUCUCUCAGAAGUCAUUUGCUUCUGCAAUUGAAAAAUUGAAAGGACAGUCUAAAAAGAAGAUAAGCUGUGCUUCUGUUGUCAUUCCUGAGAAGAUAUUUCACAUUGAAGAGUCACCGGUGCAUGAAUUCUAUGGCCAUUCCUGUGAUGUUUUAGACUUGGCAUGGUCCGAUUCCAAUUUUCUUCUUUCGUCUUCCAUGGAUAAAACUGUUCGUCUGUGGCAAGUGGGCUACGAUCAUUGUCUUGAUGUUUUUCGCCAUACUAAUUACGUGACAUGCAUUCAAUUUAAUCCAAUGGAUGAAAACUAUUUCAUCAGCGGAUCAGUUGAUGGAAAAGUUCGAAUAUGGGGAGUAUCCCAGAAGCGAGUUGUUGAUUGGAUUGAUGCACAUGAUGUAAUAUCUGCUAUAUGUUACCAGCCUGAUGGAAAAGGGUUCGUAGUUGGUUCCAUCACAGGUGCUUGCCGCUUCUAUGAAACCUCAGGAAGUGAUCUUCAGCUUGAAGCAGAAAUACAUGUUCGAGGCAGGAAGAAAACAGCAGGCAACAGAAUAACUGGCAUACAGUUUUCCCAGGACAAAUCUCAAAGAGUUUUGAUAUCUUCUGAAGAUUCGAAACUUCGUAUAUUUGAUGGGGCUGACAUCGUUCAUAAAUAUAAGGGUCUGCCGAAGUCCGGGAGUCAAAUGUCGGCUUCAUUUACCUCAACUGGGAGACAUAUCAUCUCGGUGGGAGAGGAUUGUCGUGUUUACGUGUGGGAUUAUGAUACCCCGUUAUCUAAACACAAAAAGUCCGUGAGAUCCUGCGAACAUUUCUUCUCUCAAGGUGUAUCUGUUGCUGUUCCUUGGUCAGGAAUGAGAACAGAAUUAAAAGACAUGGACAGUGGUAGGUUUAAAUCAGAGGAAGGCGGUUCUCGGAGGAGAGAUUCGGAACGUUUCUCUCUUGGAAAUUGGUUAUUUGCCGAUGGUCCUUGCAGAGGGAGCUCUGCAACAUGGCCUGAAGAGAAACUUCCUCUCUGGGACAUACCAAUUGCAGAAGAGGAAUGCCAACAGCCGCAGUAUGAAAACACAACGAAUGCUCUAUCGGAUGCAUGGGGACUCGUGAUUGUUACAGCAGGGCGAGAUGGACGUAUCAGGACUUUCCAUAACUACGGAUUGCCCGUCAGGCUUUAGUGUUGAUUUGAAAUUAACCAAAACAAAAUAUUCAAGCUGCCUAUAUAAUGAAGGAGAUCUGACAUGUUAUCAUUGUAGAAUGAUCAUAUAUCCGGGAUUGGGUCGUCGGCGGCUAGCUUAGUGUUCGAAUGUAAUUAGGUUUGCCAGAUAAUAUACUAAAAGAAUAUGUUGUAGGAGUUAGUCUCUUGACAUGCUUUGUAAGUUGGUAUAUUUUUUUGACUUCUUUCCAUGUCAUUAGACUUGUGAAGUAAUACUUGAUUUGUGAAUAAUAAUAGACUUGAUAUAGCACCCUAUUGACAACUUGUA